AUGGAUUUGCCUGAUGGGGUUUACUUCGGGAGCUUCUCCGGUUUACCGGAAGAGCUAACGAACCGGGUUUCUGAUUUCGUCGGUAAUUUCGAUUCCGGUGAUCUGUUUUGGUCGAUUAACGGCAUGGGAGCACCGGAAUUGACUGUGAUUUAUGUUCCGGCUGGAUGUAAGGUAGAGAAUCCGAUCUAUCUUAGGUAUUUCGCCGGAGAAACGGGAGACCGGGAAUCGAAACGGUUACCGGUAUCGAAUCCUAGGGUUUUUGUGUUAGUUGAGGAAGGAGGAGAGAUUGGUAUAGUUGAGGAGUUUGUGUGUAAAGACGAACAAGGGUUUUAUUGGACCAAUCCGGUAUUGGAAGUUGUUGUUCUAAAGAAUGCGAAAGUUAAGCAUUCGUAUUUGCAGAAAGAAUCCAUGGCUGCUGCUCAUAUUAAGUGGAGUUUUGUUAGACAGGAGGCAAAGAGUGAGUAUGAGCUUGUAGAAGUGAGUACGGGCGGGAGAUUGGGGAGGCACAAUCUCCAUGUGCAGCAGCUCGGGCCUGAUACACUCACGGAGCUAACCACGUUUCAUAUGUGUGUCAAUGAGCAGACUCUUGAUCUCCACAGCAAAAUUAUCUUAGACCAUCCUCGAGGCUCUUCACGGCAGCUCCACAAGUGUAUUGUUGCUCAUUCCUCUGGUCAAGCUGUUUUCGAUGGCAAUGUCCGAGUUAACAAAUUGGCUCAACAGACUAACGCGGGACAAUUAACAAGGAGCCUUCUUUUGAAACCUCGAGCCACCGUGAACAUAAAACCGAAUCUUCAGAUCAUUGCAGACGACGUGAAAUGCUCGCACGGAGCUGCGAUCAGCGAUCUCGAAGAAGACCAAUUGUUCUAUUUCCAAGCUCGUGGAAUCGAUUUGGAGACCGCAAGAAGAGCCCUCAUAUCUUCUUUCGGUUCGGAAGUGAUCGAGCGGUUUCCGAAUCGUGAAAUCCGCGACCAAGCCAGGGAUCACGUUAAAGGCUUGCUCUGA